GCAUGACUUUAAUGGCACAGAUGAUCCAGGUGAUGGGAUGGGGCUCUACCAAAAGAAUGUCUUCGACCCAACGGACUAUGAACGUACAGUAGGUGGGUGAAAUGGGGGUUUUAGGGAGGUUGUGUAGGUUGAUGAUUUAUUUGUACAGUUAGUUGGAUAAGUGCAACAGCUCUCCCUCCUAUUCCUAUCGUCAAGAGAACAUAUCGUCCCUCUUGAUUCUAGCACUGGUACCCAUCAUUUGAUUUUUCAGCACAGUGUCAACACAUAUUAUUAUGUUUGGACUUACUACUGGCGGCAGCGCCAAAGCAAAAUGGCUUGUGAUCCCGUUUGCUCUUUUGGCUCAUGCUUGGAUGGAAUCCAUUCAAUACAACUUUGGCAAGACCUUGCGCUGGACACCCGGGAACAUUAUCGAAUGCACGUCACUGGGCCACGUUGUUGCGAACGUUGGCAUUGCAAAGAACGAGGGGAAACGGGUCAAGGUGCUCGGAACGGGUUGGUCCUGGAGUACGACCAUUGCCGGCGAUGGGGAUACCUACUUGAAAUUGAUGGGAUCCUUCGCCGAUGUGUCGGAAGCAGAGUUUGAUUUGUCCGAACCGAGCGUGGUUGUCGGCGCCGGAGUCCGAGCCUUUGACUUGUACCUGGCAUUGCAAGACACGGGAUACAACAUUUUGGCCAAAGGAAACUGCCUAGCCAGAAAGGAGUCGCAGACCAUUGGAGGGCUCUUGGCCACGAACGUUCAUCAUGCAGGAACCGCAACCUUCUAUGACGUUGUGGAAUGGAUCGAUGUCGUAACGUCCUUGGAUGGUGAAAAUCCAAUCCGUACGUUUCGAGAUGAACCCUUGUUCCGACUGACCAUUGGUGGGGGUGGACGCACGGGGGUCAUUGUCCGGGUCAAGUUCAAUCUGUCUCCUCGUGACACGUACGAAAACGUCCAAGACGCUGUACAACCAGCCGACAGUUCGUUUCAUUCAUUCUUCACACUCUACGAAGAUUUUACCGGAGGCUACGAACGGAAUGAAUUCAUUGGAUUUGCGACGAGGUUUCCUGGCGUUGCUCAAUUGGUUCAGCAACAAUUCACAGGCAAACGCCGAAUGGCUGAGCCCUCUACGAAUCCCGCCGUGAUGCCGUCGAACUAUGGUGAUCUGAAUUUCCUUUCCAAAGCAAUUUUGAAACUAGACGGUUUCUUGGAUUUUUUCUUGCCUCCAUUUCUAUACGAGAUCUACGUCGGUGCCCUGCUGGCUUUUGUGCUCUUGGGAGAACAGCCAGAUAGGGACGGAAAGGUCGGAGAGGACCUCGAUUUGGCAACUUCUUUGACUGCAACAAUUUACCUCAAACAUCAGGAACUUGAGUUCUUCGUACCCAGAGAUUUGAUUGGAGAAGUAGGAUCCUAUUUGGAUUCUCGCUUUUCGGUGGGAAAAUACCCGUACAUCUUCAAGCACGCUUUGUUUGUCCUGAGAGACGUGUACGGUUGCAAUUCAUUAACGGCAGCAAACGGUGUAAUGUCCGAUGGAACCUCGCCAGAUGUCAUUGCUGUGAAUAUUGACAGCUAUCAACGUUCCCAAUGGAAGAAAUACAAUACGGAGCUCAACGAAAUGAUGGCUGAUUUGUCAGCCGAAUUUCCACGCGUGAUGCGAACCCAUCCAGGCAAAUACAACCCGCCACUAUCACCCGAUCCCGAAAGUUUAUUUGUGAAGGAUUUGAUUGCAGAUUUCGACCCGGAAGGUGUGUUUGCCCGAGAUGCAUACGAUGCAACCUAUCUCACAUCACAGCCUAGAAAGACAGAUUCACAUUCAUGGUGGGGAUCGUUUUGGUUUUAAGUGAGGGCAGCAUAGUUUGAGCUUCGAGUAGCAGGGAGCUGAACAAGCAAGUGGGUCUUGCAGCUUUGGCGGGAGAUGGCAGCCCACGGGUUUCCUGGGUGAAUGGCUGUCCGCAGAUCUCCAUUGUUCAAAACUGCCUAACGGUAGACCUGGCUCCUUGCACAAGAGCAAGCCGGUUGCGCACCAUAAAGAGAUGGGGCAACCCUUCUUUGAUGCAGCCGUAGAUUGUGCUAGCGUGAUACGUAGGAAACAACUACCGGUACUAGGAGCUUCUACAUUUUUGU